UAAAAUAAGAAAUAAAAUAAAAAAAGAAAGAAAGAGAAAAAUAAAAAAAUGAGCAAAAUCUCAUCUGAAACAUUAAAAUCUACAAUCGCUUAAAUGUUAACCGAAAGAAAGAAAAGAGAAUUUUCCGAAACCAUUGAAUUACAAAUAGGUUUAAGAGAUUACGACCCUGAAAAAGAUAAACGUUUUUCCGGUUCUAUUAAGCUCCCUAAUAUGCCUUAUCCUAACAAAAGAGUAGCCAUUAUUGGUACUAUGAAACAUUGUGAUGAAGCUAAAGCUGCUAAUAUUGCAUAUAUUGAUGUUGAAGGUUUAAAGAAAUUUAAUAAAGACAAAAAAUUAAUCAAGAAAUGGUCUAAACCUUUUGAUACUUUAAUUUGUUCUGAAUCUCUUAUGAAAUAAGUACCCAGAUUAUUAGGAAACACAUUGAACAAAAUCGGUAAAUUCCCUAUCUCAAUCACUGAAGGUGAAUCAGUCGUUUCUAAAGUAAAAGAAUUAUAAUAAACUGUAAAAUUCUAAUUAAAAAAAGUGAUCUGUUUAGCCACUGCUGUAGGUACAGAUAAACUUACUGAAGAAUAAAUUAGAUAAAAUAUUAAUAUGUCAAUCAAUUUCUUGGUCUCUUUAUUAAAGAAAGGAUGGUAAAAUAUUAAAACUUUACACAUUAAAACUACUAUGUCUAAGUCUUAUAGAAUUUUUGGUUGAUUCUUACUUUUUUUUAUUUCUUUUGUAGAGAUUAUUAUUUUAUAAGUAUUAUUUAUAGCAAACAAAAAAAAGAAAAAAAAAAAAAAUGUAUUUUUAGUAAUUAUAUUUGUUAAGUUUUUUUAUAAAAAUAAAUAAAUAUAAUAUUUAAACUUGCAAUGAGUAUUAUUUU